UUUGGCCCCUAAUCUAGUGAAUUGUGUUAACCUCAAAAUUGUAAUCCGCGUGAUCUUGCAUUAUAUUUAAUAAAAUAUUAUUUCAGUUAAGUUUAUAUUCUAAAACAAUGGGAAAGGUCAGGUCAGCUCCUGGUGCCCCGCGGAAGCAGGGGUUCAAUAAAUCGGCCCAUUCUAUGAAUCCUGAUCGGCCCACUGAAGGGCUCAAAGGUGUUGGGAAUGCCAGGACAAAAGGAACUAUCAAAAGGCUGCAGAUGUAUCGCAAUUUCAAAGCUAAAAGAGAUAAGACUGGAAAAAUUUUAACACCCGCACCAUUUCAAGGUUGGUUGCCUUCAGGUACAAGAGCACGCAUUGAACCUAAUCAAAAAUGGUUUGGAAACUCUAGAGUUAUUUCGCAAAAUGCUCUACAAAAGUUUCAAGAAGAAUUUGGAGCUGCUAUUAAAAAUCCAUAUCAAGUGGUUAUGAAACCAACCAAUUUGCCCAUUACAUUACUAAAUGAGAAAGCUAAGAAUGCUAGAGUACAUUUAUUGGAUACUGAAGGAUUUGACAAAACAUUCGGGCCUAAAAAACAAAGAAAAAGGGUGAACUUAAAGUUCAGUGACAUAGGAGCAUUAUCAAAAGCUGUGGAAGAGAGUUCUAACAAGUAUGAUGAAUCUAAAGAUGUGGAUAGAGUCCGUGAAGAUUCAGGUGUAAAAGAAGGUCAACGAGACUGGGUAUUUGGUGCUGGAAUGAGUAAAAGGAUUUGGAAUGAGUUGUACAAAGUUAUUGAUUCAUCUGAUGUACUGCUACAAGUUCUUGAUGCACGAGAUCCAAUGGGUACAAGAAGUCCAUAUGUUGAAAAAUUUCUCAGGGAAGAGAAACCACAUAAGCAUUUGAUUUUUAUUUUAAAUAAAGUUGAUUUAGUUCCUAAUUGGGUAACACAGAGAUGGGUAGCUAUACUUAGCUCUGAAUAUCCUACAGUUGCCUUCCAUGCUUCUAUGACACAUCCAUUUGGAAAAGGUUCUCUUAUUAAUCUUCUACGCCAGUUUGCUAAGCUACAUAUUGAUAAGAAACAAAUUAGUGUAGGAUUAAUUGGUUAUCCAAAUGUAGGAAAAUCAUCAGUUAUUAAUACACUUAGAUCAAAGAAGGUAUGUAAAGUUGCACCAAUUGCUGGUGAAACUAAAGUAUGGCAGUAUAUUACUUUAAUGAAAAGAAUAUUUUUAAUAGAUUGUCCUGGUAUUGUUUACCCAUCAGCUGAAACAGACACAGAAAAAGUACUGAAAGGAGUUGUAAGAGUAGAAUUAGUACAAAAUCCCGAUGAUUAUAUAGAGGAAGUCAUUAAAAGAGUGAGGAAAGAGUAUUUAAUUAAAACAUAUAAAGUAGAUGGAUGGGAAACAGCUACAGAAUUUCUAGAAAAAUAUGCAGCCCGUACAGGUAAAUUAUUAAAAAAAGGAGAACCUGAUGUCAAUCAAGUGGCAAGGAUGGUACUUAAUGAUUGGCAAAGAGGUAAACUUCCGUUUUAUGUAGCUCCAGAAGGGUUUGAGAUUCCUUUAAGUAAACAGCAAAAAGAAACAGAAUCUAAAGAAACUGAUGCUAGAGCUGAGGAUGUAAAUAAAGAGGAGUCCCAGGAGGGUACAAUUAUAGAAAAAGAGAACAAUGUGACAGAAAAGCCAACUUUUACUAUAAACAAUGUUGUUAUCGCUCAAGACUUUGCUAAAAUUAGAGUGGGAUUACAGUUUGACAAUGAUGAUGAUGUUAAACCUCUUGAUAAAAUGAAUAUACCUGAUGAACUAAAAGGAAUAGAUGAUGUUGAAGGUGAUGAAACUAAAAGUGAAGAAAUAGAAGAUGAUAAUAAGAAUAUUGAUAGUGAUGACAACUCUUCAGUUAUAAGUGAUUUUUAUAGUAAUGAUGAACUUGUUUGUAGUGACGUUGAAGAUUAUUUGACAAAUGAUCCAGAUACAGUAAAGGAAAUUAAAAGACAAAAACUAAAAUCAGCGAGUGGAGCUUUUAUAGUAGAUGACAUUCCUCAAAAUAAAAAGUUCAAGGGUAACAAUGACAAUAAGGCGAUUGAUUCCAAAAAACUAACAGCAAAGCAAAAAAGAGCAAUAGAUAGAGCUCAACGUCGUACUAAAACUGGAAGUAACUUUUAUGAAGUGUCUAAUGUAAAAAACCGCAAUAGAAAUAAAAAAAAAGUGGUGUAAAUUAUGUUUAAAAAUAAAUUACUUUAAAACUAUUUCUUUAAUGUUUAAAUUGUGUUAUAUUUACCCAAUUAAAAUUAAGAAAUAAU